AUGGAGAACGGAGAAGCGACUGCUGAUCAGUGGAACUGGAUCCGUCCUGAUUUGCCCAGCAGAUGUACCUGGAGGCUGGGUGCAUCUAUUUCAGAGUCACCUCAUAGCCACCCAGAACGCAUCAAGCCCCCCAGCAUCCUCCCCAACAUCCUCGGGAAAAUUGGACACACACCUCUGGUCCGUUUGAACAAAAUCCCAAAGGAGUUUGGACUCAAAUGUGAUAUUUUGGCCAAGUGCGAGUUCUUCAAUGCAGGAGGCAGCGUGAAAGACAGGAUCGGCCUGCGGAUGGUGGAAGAUGCUGAGAGAGCCGGGAUCCUCAAACCAGGAGACACAAUCAUUGAGCCCACCUCUGGCAACACAGGUAUCGGCCUCGCCCUGGCAGCUGCAGUUAAAGGCUACCGCUGCAUUAUAACCAUGCCUGAGAGGAUGAGCAACGAGAAGGUUGAUGUGUUGAGAGCUCUCGGGGCAGAAAUAGUGCGCACGCCUUCUUCUGCAGCUUUUGAUUCACCAGAGUCUCACAUAGUCACUGCUUGGCGUCUAAAGAGCGAGAUCUCCAACUCACACAUCCUCGACCAAUAUCGUAAUGCCAGCAACCCUCUGGCUCACUACGAUACCACAGCUGAGGAGAUACUGGAGCAGUGUGAUGGUAAAUUGGACAUGUUGGUGGCGGGAGCCGGCACAGGCGGUACACUUACUGGUGUUGCUCGGAAGUUGAAGGAGAGAUGCCCCAAUGUCAAGAUAGUCGCUGUGGACCCUGAGGGCUCCAUUCUGGUUGGAUCUAACAAAAAUAAGACUUCCUUUGAAGUGGAGGGCAUUGGAUAUGACUUUAUCCCCACAGUGUUGGACAGAUCUCUUGUUGACAUGUGGUAUAAAUCGACUGACCAGGAGACGUUCACAAUGUCACGCAAGCUGGUCAGAGAGGAGGGUCUCCUGUGCGGCGGCAGCUCUGGCUCAGCCAUGGCAGCAGCAGUAAAGAUGGCUCGGCAGCUUGAGGCGGGACAGCGCUGUGUGGUCAUCCUGGCUGACUCCGUCCGCAACUAUAUGUCAAAAUUCCUGAGUGACAAGUGGAUGUGUGAGAAGGGGUUCCUCAGACCGGAGGAGCCGAUGGACUUCAAACCCUGGUGGUGGAACAUGACUGUCCGGUGUCUAAACCUAUCUGCCCCCCUCACUGUGUUAGCGUCUGUGUCCUGCCAGAAAACCAUCGACAUCCUGAAAGAGAAAGCGUUCGACCAGGCCCCAGUCGUUGAUAACUCAGGUGUGAUCCAGGGGAUGGUGACUCUGGGAACCAUUCUGUCCUCUGUGUCAGCCGGGAAGGCUAAACCCUCAGAUGCUGUCAGCAAGGUGCUCUGCAAGCAUUACAAACAGGUGCACCUGACAGACAACCUGGGGAAGCUGUCCCAAAUCCUCGAAACAGACCACUUCGUCCUGGUGGUGCAUGAUCACACUCAGAAUAAAGCUGAUGGGUCAACUUGUCAGAAGCAGAUGGUGUUUGGCAUCGUGACAGCGAUUGACCUCCUCGACUACAUCACCACAGAUGAGAGCCAGGAUCACUCGUAGUCUCUGUGAUCACUUCCUGUUUAAGACGUGGAAGAUACUGCUUGCUUUACCAAGAAGCACCACGUGAACACCUGCGGCUGAAUCAUAUUUUAAUUCAGUGGUUUUUGCAGCUACAUAUGUGGAGGGGAUUAAUUAGGUUCCACAUAAGCAAUACACUCUGUGUAGUAUUAAUAUAUAUAACAUUCUGAAAUUAAUUUUAAAGUUAAAGUUUGACAAUAUUCUAAAUGUUUCUCUUUGUCAACAAAUCUGUGAGCCACAUUGUUGCACUAGGAAACAUGUUCCUUCGUUACUAUGAACAUGGACACUGUAUUUUAUUUUUAAUCUAACUGGUGCAGUGCCCGUUGAAAAGUUCCCUGUUCGGAAGGGCCCGAUUGCAGGUGUUGUGUCAAAGACUGUUCCCCUGUCGAUAUGUGUUUACCCUUACUAAACCGGAACCAAACUCCCUAACCCUAACCAUGGAGGGGGGCACUACGCAUUUUAACAGGAGGGAAACUCUAUUUGACUGUGGGAACAGACUCUGGAACUGCUCAUCCAAACAUCUUCAAUUCAAUUCAAUUUUAUUUAUAGUAUCAAAUCAUAACAAGAGUUAUCUCAAGACACUUUACAG